AUGUCAACCCUAUUCAGCCAGUUGGAGGACCUCAUCCGCUCUGGGCAUGAGGAAUAUGCCAGCGCUGCCUCUGUAUUAGCCCAGUUGGGCACACCCUGCGCCUCAGUCGCCAUCAUGGAAGACGGUGCAAUAUCAUCUCACUGCUUCUCGACCGGCAAAGAUGACACAGAGACCAUCUUCCAAGCCUGCAGCAUCUCGAAGCCAACGUUUGCAGUUGCCUUGAUGAAACUCGUCGACCAAGGUAAACUUACGCUCGAUGGCCGCAUUGGCGAUUUAUUGCCACAGGAUGUUCUGGACAUGUUAACCAGAGGUGCAACUUGUGCUCGGAUAUCUGCCAUCAAAGGCAUCACCAUCUCGCAGCUUCUAAGCCAUACCUCUGGGCUCUCUCAAGGCGGUUUCCCAGGCUACUCUGUUGCGGACGAUGCUCGGAUUCCAACAACACGCGAGGUAUUAGCAGGCGCAUAUCCCGUCAAUACCAAAGGCGUGCACUUGCAGGGCUUUCCGGGCCAAUCGCUGUCCUACUCCGGUGGCGGAUUCACAGUGCUCCAGUUCAUCUUUGAGGCAAUUACCAAAAAGGACUUUGCCGCGGCAAUGCAAGACAUUGUCCUUGGGCCUCUAGGCAUGACACGGUCUUUUUACAAUCAACUACCGCCUGGAGAGAAGAAUUCGGCAAAGGCACAUUAUACAGGCUAUACGCCCUGCGAAGACGCUCAGCGUGUCAACCCCGAACAAGCAGCAGCAAGUUUAUGGACUACGCCCAGUGAUCUCCUGAAGCUUGUCAGAGCUGUACAACAAUCUCUCCGGAGCUCUGACAAUGGCGGUUUUCUUCGACAAGACACGGCAAAGGCGAUGUUGACGGUCGUAGAUCUAGAUGUAGCUCACUCGUGGUUCAUACCAGGAGAUUCGCGAACAGUCUUUUCGCACGGAGGCAGCAACUGGCCAGGCUUCAGAACAUAUGUUGCAGGAUACGCGAAUCUUGCCGGCGGGAGCAAAGUCAAAGUGCCAAACAACUGCGGCAUCUCCAUCAUGACCAAUUCGGCAGAAGGCGAUUUUGUGAUAUGGAAACUGCUGCAAGCCAUACCGUAUCUGAAGAAGUGGCCACAAAUUCCUUUACCUAUGGGCUAUCCGGCGAUUGUGCCACUAGGGGCUCCAAAAGAACAAGUUGAUGGCGGGUGGAGGCGCUGGUUGGGCAAUUGGACGUGCGGGAAGAACGGUUGGGGCAUUCAGGCUGACGAGGCUGGUCGGCCAACUGUUCAGUAUGGCGAGCUGCUUCCUUUCCCGUUGGUAGUGGCGGCGAUGGCAGAAAAGGGUAGCGAAGAAGGGAUGAACUUUGUGGUGGAUGGUCUGGAGGUGUUGAUACAGCUGCGGGGCGAUGAUACGAUAGAGGUUGUGAAUGGGAAGAGCGCAAAGAUUAUAAAGUUGGUUAGGGCUUGA